GCUGGGUGUCUGUCCGUCGGAAAGUGAAGUGUGUUUGGCGUGCUGCUGGUGUCGGAGUUUUAUCCCCGGUUGUCUGUCUUUUUGUUCAGUGUUAUUCUCGUUUUUUAACUCCACUCGUCAGCUUUUACGGUACUAACUUAGAAACCCAGUCCUGUAGCCGAUUUAUGGGACGUUUUACAAAAGUUCCUUAAGUGCUCUUUGAGGAACCGGUGGACGGCGGAACCCACCGGAGAUGGAUAAGCUAACCGAUAGCUGAGUUGUUAGCCGAGAAUCACAGGUCAAGAAUAGGAUCAAGCUAGCAUGCUAACAGCUAGCUAAUUUAGCAGUCUAACGGCUAACCGAGUGACUUUGUUAACCUGUAACGUCGGGGCUGCUGCCGGUUAUUUCUCGGGCCUGGCCGCUACACCGCGAACAGUUUGUCAGAGGCCAGCUAACCCAGGAAGAAGACUUGGUCUGUAUUUCAAGGAAAAAGACAGAAGUGUUGUUGAGAGGUGGCGGUUGCUCGUCUCAGCCCAAACCAAGAGCAUGCUGUCCAACGCACAGAACCAGCCACUGUUUCCCAACCCGACGGGGCAGAGGAACCCGGGCGGGCUGAACACUACGGGCCAGUUCCCCCCCUUCCACGCCAGACCCUCCUUACAGAUCAAGAAGAAUGCCAUCACGGAUGACUACAAGGUAACCAGCCAGGUGCUGGGGCUGGGCAUCAAUGGCAAGGUGCUCGAAAUUUUCCAGAAGAAGACUGCAGACAAGUAUGCGUUAAAGAUACUGCAGGAUUGUUCCAAGGCCCGUAGAGAAGUGGAGCUCCACUGGAGGGCGUCACCUUGUGCCAACAUUGUGCGCAUUAUUGAUGUGUAUGAGAACCUCUAUCAGAGCAGGAAGUGUCUGCUUAUUGUCAUGGAGUGCAUGGACGGUGGUGAGCUUUUUAGUCGAAUCCAGGACAGAGGAGACCAGGCCUUUACAGAGAGAGAGGCGUCUGACAUCAUGAAGAGCAUAGGAGAGGCCAUUCAGUUCCUGCAUGCAAUCAACAUUGCACACAGAGACGUCAAGCCAGAGAAUUUACUGUAUUCCUCGAAGAGGCCCAAUGCCUUGCUCAAACUUACAGACUUUGGCUUUGCCAAGGAGACCACUUCACACAACUCUUUAGCUACUCCCUGCUACACACCCUACUAUGUUGCCCCGGAGGUUCUGGGCCCAGAGAAAUAUGACAAGUCAUGUGACAUGUGGUCGUUGGGUGUCAUUAUGUAUAUCCUGUUGUGUGGAUAUCCUCCUUUUUAUUCAAACCAUGGCCUAGCCAUCUCUCCUGGGAUGAAGAGGAGGAUCAGGAUGGGCCAAUAUGAGUUUCCCAACCCUGAGUGGUCUGAAGUAUCAGAGGAAGCUAAACAGCUGAUUAGGACCCUCCUUAAGACUGAGCCAACACAAAGGAUGACCAUCACAGAGUUCAUGAAUCAUCCAUGGAUCAAUCAAUCGAUGGAAGUUCCCCAGACCCCACUUCACACCAGCCGGGUACUAAAGGAGGAGAAGGAUGCAUGGGAGGAUGUUAAGGAGGAAAUGACCAGUGCCUUGGCAACGAUGAGGGUCGACUAUGAGCAAAUCAAGAUCAAGACCAUUGAGGACUCGACCAAUCCACUGCUACAGAAACGGAGGAAGAAAGCCAAUAACCCCAUGCCGGACCCACAGUCUGCUGCCCACUGAAAGAUACAAGCAUGCAUGCACAUACAAACACAGGUUGUAAAAAGGAAGCAAUAAUUUGUCGACACGUGAGUCGCGUUGCAUGGAUUUUCUCAGUGUUUUAUUUUUCAUGGCAAAUCUAAUGUUUUGUAGGAGUGUUUGUUUUUAUUACUCUACCAUUUUAACAAACCCACCACUCUGCUCUGGCAGAGGGGAUGUCGAUCUGUGUUUUUACACCAGUGAAGAGAUUAUCAAUUAUAGAAAAGGAGAGGAGAGGGAAUCGGUGAGAUCUCUCUCUCCUCUCCUUUCCCAAACAUCAGGUUGUGUACUCAGAGGGGCUUGAAUGUUGGAAUAGCACAUGAAGCCUUAGCAUUAGCAGUAGUUCUCUCUCACCCCGCAACCCUGUUCUAGCUCUUGCCCCAAACCUGUGAAUGUUAAAUCAAAUGGCUAAAUCCCAAAAAUAAAAGCAAGGGAAGGUUUCAUUUACGUACAUGCAAAGUAAGCAGAUGUAUUUUGAACUGACAAGUGGAAUGUAAGGACUCUGUCCCUGACUGUCGGAAUUAGCUGGAAAUAGUGGCCCAUUUCUGGGACUUCAAGUGGGAGUGUCUGUCAGGUUCAGUUUGUCUUUGUGAAUGUCGAACAGAGGCCUAUGCACUCACAAGGGCCAUGUGCCAUUCUGACAGAGCACCUCACUCGUGGCCCCUCUCUCCUACCUUAAUCUACGCUUGUUUUUUCAGGUACAUAGUUUAUAGGGAAGAGCAGGCCGCCAUGUUUAAGAACAGGAACUGGCUCGACCUUUCUCCCGCAUGUAGCUCUUAGGAGAGUAGGAGCCAACUGAUACUGUAUUUUUUCAUGGAUUUUAUGAACAUAUUAGCAUAGGCCUUACUGAGUGUUGCUAAAGCAGCAAAUGACUUUUAACCCCUGCCUACCAUUUGGUUCAGGCUUUUAUCAAUGUUAUGCUUCCCAAUUUAUAACAUUGCCAGAUUAUAUUUCAGGUUAAUGCUAUGCAGAUGUGUUUGUCAGCUUGAAGUACUACUAGGACCUUUUCCUUAGUGUUGAUUUCUGUUUGCAAAUGUGUUGGAGAGAUGUUGGGCGACAAUAGGAAGCGUUUGUGUGUGUUCAUGUAAGCAGUAGCAGUAGCAUGCCCUGUAGGGAAUAUACGGUUCAGACAGACUGGGUGCACUCCAGAGGUCUCUCUGAAAAGAUCACUUAGAGUUACUGUUGCUUACACCAGCUCAAAAGUCAGGAGGCUCAGUGGGACAUAUCUGAUACAAUGCCAGUAUUCUCCGACACUUCCUGGAGGAUUAAUAGGAAGUAGAAAGUACUAGAGCUGUCCCUCGUCCCAGAGCAGAAUGUCUGACAAAUACCACCAGCAAGCUGUCAUCACAUUCAGACAUGGUGUGAUGGUCGGUGUCUCUUCGGUGUUCUUGUUAACGCAGCAGGACGCUUCCAGCUCACUUGGGGAUCAUUGGAAGUGAUUGUUAAUUUUUGUUGGUUUGGUCCACUUCACUUUGUAAAAUCACAUCAACAUUACCUGUCACAUCGCACCUACAAAUCUCUCACUGUAAAAAAGUGUUCAUUGAAUGUUUGUGACAAUGUUUCUCCUGUUUUUUGUUUUUUUUCCAUCCUUCUCGACACAUUUUUUUUUUGUAGUGGAAGCACAGAUGUGUCUGUUGUUUUUUUUUUGUUUUUUUCCCUGUCGUUGAGUCUGUUCAGCUCCACCUGCCGUACUUUUGUCUGCUUCAGCUUUGUAUUAAAAAACACACAAAACGCAAA